UUUUUUUUUGUAUUGACAGCGCGCGUGUGGAUAUUUGUGGCCAACCGAGCUUGUGGAACAGCCAGAGCGCAGCUUCUGUCCGAGAUCCUAGCAAUGCCCAACAGCCACCUGGAGUCGCGGGUGGUGGACCUGGGCGUGGCCUGCCUGGUCUGCCUGAUGGAGGAGCCCGACUCGAGCUCCAUCUAUGGCCACGACCCGGAGUCGCCGCACAUGCUCAUCCUGGAGAAGAUCCGGCACUGCACCAGCCUGCAGCUGCUGGACGGCAGUCCCGAUGAACUGCAGCGCUGGCCGGACAAGAUCUGCAAGCAGUGCUAUCUGGAGUUGUCCGUGUCCUAUCGCUUCCACGAGAAAUGCGCCGCCGUCCAGAAGCUAUUCCACUCUGGCUCCUCCUUCUCCCACUCCACGCUGCUCCUUAGCCAGCAGCAGAGUGAGCAGCUCAAGCUGGACCUGAAACAAGCCCAACUUCGGCUGCCCGCCACACUGAAGAUCAAGCGGCUGGACAUGGAGACCAGCUUCUCCAGUGCCAUAGCCAGGGGCACUGAAACCGCCUACUACCACGAUGUGGAGGCGAAUGAGGAGGAGGUGGAGGAGGCUGACGCCCUCACUCUGCUGCCAGAUGGUGCCAUGGUCCUGUCCCUGAAUGAUCUGCAGGACCAGGAUCCCAUCAAGCAGCAGCCAGACGAUGAGGACUCCAACGAGCAGCAACACCAGCACGAGGAAGGGCUCGAGGAGGAGCAGGAGGAGGAGCAGGAGGAGGAGGAGGAGGAGCAGCUGGGCCUGGACCCCUGGGAUGCUGACCACACACCGCAGCAUCUGUACGAGAUUGAGACGCCACUGAUGGAGGAGUCCGUGGUGGACAGUCCGCCGCUGCCGCCGCCGCCGCCGCUGCAGUCAAGCAGCCAGCUGCGUAAGCGCACCCAUCGACGCGUCUCGCCCGUUGUCAAGCGGGAAAGGUUGCCGGUGCCGGUGCCGGAACGCGAUGAGGAUUACAAGCCGGCAGUCGCGGCCAAGCGACGCUAUUCCGAACGCUCGCCGAAGAUUUGCCAUGUGUGCGGGAACACGUACAAGUACCAGCACGCCCUCAACGCCCACAUGCGGCGGCACAACAACGAGCGGCCGUAUCCCUGCGAGGUGUGCCAAAAGGCGUUCAUCUCGAACGUGGAGCUGCGCCGUCACAUGCGUGUCCAUACCGGCCAGAAGCCGUACGGUUGUCGCUUCUGCGAGCGCCGCUUCUCGGACUUUGGGAGCAGCAAGAAGCACGAGAGGAUCCACACCGGCGAGCGACCCUAUAUAUGCGAAGUGUGCCACAAGGGAUUCGCCUAUGCCCAUGUGCUCUCCGUCCAUCGGCGCACGCACACCGGCAAGAAGCAGUUCCAGUGCACCCAGUGCGACAAGGGAUUCACCAAAAAGAGCUAUCUGUCGGCCCAUAUGGAUCAGCAUCGCUGUGGAUCGGUAUCGGGAUCGGGAACGGGGAGCAGCGGCGCGGCAACGUCGUCCGCUGGAGGAUCGAAUCGCAGCCUGCGUCUGCCCACCCGUAGAGCAAGCAAGCAAGUUCCCGUUCCCCAGGCAUUCAGCCUGGAUUCCGUGGUGCUGGAGCAGACCAAAGUGCUGGAGGAGUGCAUCGUUGCCAAUGACUUCAUGUUCAACGAGGAGGAUCAUGUGGAUGAAGAGCAGCGGGAGGCUGGAGGCAACGAGGAUGACCUGGAUGACCACGACGAUUCGUAUGCGGAGCCGGACUUUGGCGACGUCGACGGCUAUCAGAGUGUGCGCUCCGUCAAGGAGCUGGUCGGUGAUCUGCUCGACACCGAGCAGUUUGUCGACGAAUCCAAAUACAUUAUCGACUAGUAUUUGUCCUUGGACAACACUGCACCCCACAGCAAUCAAUAGUGCAAACGAAACCACUAAUUUUGGUCCACGGUAGUAGUCAUCCACCCUCAAUGAUUGCUUCAUCUACGGACGUACCACAAAACUUUCCCAACCCGUAGUUCUUAGUCCACAACAUUUAGAUACGUAACUUUAAGCCCGGUAAAAUCGAUGUAAAUAAAUUGAACGGAUAUUCAAACAA